AUCACCAACAUAACCAUCUGUUGUUUACGCUGAACUGAAUUUCUUACAUAUGCACUCACUACGUUCUCGAUCACUUUUCUUUGGAAGAAGAGAAAAGUAGCACAUCCUGCAGAUACCGUCUUGUUAAUCAAAAAUCUCACUUGCUCUAGUGAUCUAAUUUACUGAAACAAUAAAAAAUGAUAGCUCCAAUAACUGUUAUGAUGCUCUGCAUUCUGAAGAUGAGGAUGUUUCUCCUGUUCUGCGUCCUCUGCCUGAUGUCUUCUACUGGCUACAGUCAGCUUCCAGGACCUCGUGGUCCUAAAGGUGACCCAGGAUUUCCUGGGCCAUAUGGGAGACCUGGAGUGCCUGGACUGCCUGGACCGCGUGGACCGCCUGGACCGCCUGGAUCUGCUGUAUUCUGUGGACGAGGUGUCCCUGGACAGGAACUUGAAACCUUAAAGAACAGCCUCGCUAAGUUAGAGCUGGCCAUGAACUAUGACUUUGUCCGAAGAGUUGGUCAGAAAUACUUUGUGUCCUACAAGAAGAGACACUCUUUCUCUACGGCCGUCGAGUUCUGCUCCCAACGAGGCUUAGAGCUGGCUUUGCCCCAGAACGAGGACGAGAACAACAUACUCACUCAAGUGUUUGGGGAUGAUAACAAAACGGCCUGGAUCAACGUCAACACUAACAAAGCUGAGGGGAAUUUUGAGGCCGAUAUGAAAAACCGACCUCUGACCUUUACCAAAUGGGGAGAAGGGCAGCCAGACAAAUCCAUCCAGGAUCCAGGCUGCACCAUGCUGUCAGAAAACGCAGUCUGGAGAGUGACACACGAUUGUUCUCUGAAUGCUUACAUCAUUUGUCAGAUGUAGAAAGGUCUUGUGUUCCAGAUUUGGAACCAUUGUUCUCAGAAAUAUUUUCUUCCAGAUGUUACAGUUAUCCAAAACCACUGUCUUAGAUCUUAGUCCUAACUACGGAAACAUUUGCAACAAUUGCAUCAUCAUAAUGGCAUUAAAACGGUUUCACAGACAUAUUACAUUAUGAAAAGUUUACAAUUAAAGGAACAAUAUGAUAGAUGUAUAGAAACAACGGUGAACUCUAAAAGCAUAUAGUACGUCACAAUAAAGUUUACAGCAGUGAA